AUGAAGUUCUUCACUGCUGCUGCCCUCCUCGUUGCCGGUGCCAGUGCCGCUGCCGUCCAGAGGCGAGAUGGUACCUGGAACGAAUGGUCCAGCACCUGCUAUCCCACCACUGAAUACGUGACCACCACUGAGUACGCCACGACAACUGAAUAUUCCACCGCCUGGUCCACCGCCUACUCGACCGUUUAUUCCACUGCCUAUUCCACCGUCUACUCGACUGCUUACUCGACUGCGUACUCCACGAUCUACAAACCAACCACCGUCACCGCCUACAGCACCGUCUACUCUACUGCUACCGUGACUGAGACCAAGCCCGUCUACAGCACCAUCACUGUCCCCACCACGGUAACGGCCUACAGCACCAUCUACAAGACAGAGGUCCAGACCGAGACCGAGACCGCGACAGUCACUUACACUCCGGUGCCGGAAUCCAUCUAUAUUACCGAGACCGUCACUGCUCCUUGCACCCAGACCUGGGGUGACUGGACCAGCAAGUGA